AUGUCCUCUAACAGUACGAGCAACAACAGACCCAUCUACCGCGUCGCGGUCCUCCUCUUCCCCAACGCCGACAUCCUCGACUACGCCGGCCCCAUCGAGGCCCUCUCCCACGCAACCUGGAACCGCGACCGCGCCGCCCCGGAGCCCAUCUUCGAAAUCCACACCACGGGCCGCGCAACCGACGUGCCCAUCCCCACCGGCGACGCCGCCCCGCUCAAGAUCCAGCCCAGCAUCCUGAUCGAGGAACUGCUCGACACGUUGCCGAGCUACCACAUCUUGGUCGUCCCGGGCGGGCCGCCCGCCGUGGUGCAGAAGGUGGCCGAUCAGGCGGAUGGGCUGGAGUUGCGGGUGGUGAGGGAGUUUGCCGAGUUGGCUCCGCCCCAGGACGGUACCGGGCUGGAGCGUGUCUUGAUGUCGGUGUGUACAGGGGCGUUCCUGCUGGGUAAGGUGGGCGUGCUGGCUGGGUUGACGGUGACGACGCAUCAUAUGUUUUUGGACGUGUUGGACGAGGUCUGCAACAAGGACAACACUGGCAAGAAGACGGAGGUGGUUGGUGGUCGCAGAUUCGUCGAUGCGGGUUUGGCCAGGGAUGGGCUGAGGAUCGUGACGGCGGGCGGGGUCAGCUCCGGCUUGGAUGCUGCAUUGCAUGUGGUCGAGUUGGUCAGCGAUGGCGAUAAGGCGGAUUAUUGUGCCAAGGUCAUGGAGUAUGAGCGGAGGAAGGUUUGA